AUGCAGUGCUGUUGGCGUUUGUGCCUUAGCCUUACGGCAGAGGACGAUAGUGUUGUCGGCACAGUUCUUGGCGGUGGCAGAGUGCUCCUUUCCUUGGUAUCCGUAUCCAUACUUCUCGUUACGGACGUCAACCUUGGCCAAGAUCUGCUUUCCUCCAGCGACAUUGACAACUCCCACAGAGAUGUCUCCCUUGUGGUUGUUAACGUGAACUGGGUGCCAGACCUUGUCUCCGAACUUGGCAGCCUCUGGGAAUGGAAUCCAGCCAUAGUCGAAACCACGGACGCUAUCCGGAAGAUGGACAAGAAGUUGGAUAGAUCCGACAUUCUUGCAGUACUCGUUGUUGAACCAAGAGAAGUUGGCAGCGAUCUGAAAACCGAGAUGUUAGAAUUAGGAUCCCGUCGUAGUUAA